AUGGUUCAGUCAGCCGUUUUGGGUUUCCCCCGCAUGGGUGUAAACCGUGACCUGAAGAAGGCCACCGAAGCCUACUGGGCUGGCAAGCUGUCCCAGGAUGACCUCCUCGCCGAGGCCAAGCGCCUCCGUCUCGCACACUGGAAGAUCCAGAAGGAUGCUGGUGUCGACAUCAUCCCGAGCAACGACUUUGCUCUGUACGACCACGUCCUUUCCCACAUUCAGGACUUCGGUGCUGCUCCCGAGCGUUACACAAGCUCCAACCUGAACCCUGUCGAUGAAUACUUCGCCAUGGGCCGUGGCCACCAGAAGGGUGGCGUCGAUGUCCCCAGUUUGGAGAUGGUGAAGUGGUUUGACUCAAACUACCACUACGUCAAGCCCACUCUGCAAGACAGCCAGACCUUCAAGCUCAGCUCCAGCCCCAAGGCUGUUGCCGACUUUGUCGAGGCCAAGGAGGCUGGCAUCAGCACCCGACCCGUCCUGGUUGGCCCCGUGUCAUUCCUCACCCUGGGCAAAGCCGACCGUGGCCAGAGCGUCGACCCCAUUGACCUCCUCGAGAAGCUGCUGCCUGUCUACGAGGAGCUCCUCGUCAAGCUGAAAGAGGCUGGUGCCGAGACCGUCCAGAUUGACGAGCCUAUUCUCGUCUUCGAUCUUCCCUCCAAGAGCAAGGAUGCUUUCAAGCCUACCUACCAGAAGUUUGCCAGCCUCGGUGACAAGAUCCCGAAGCUCGUCUUCACCACUUACUUUGGUGAUAUCGUUCACAACCUCGACCUUGUGCCCAAGGAUAUCUACGCCGUCCACGUUGACCUGGUCCGCAACCCAGAGCAGCUGGACACCGUGCUGGGCUCUCUUGGCCCCAAUACCAUCCUCUCUGCUGGUGUUGUUGAUGGCCGCAACAUCUGGAAGACCAACAUGAAGCGUGCUAUCGAGACCGUCGAGGCCGCCGUCCAGAAGCUGGGCAAGGAGCGCGUUGUCGUCGCCACCUCCAGCUCUCUCCUCCACACUCCCCACACGCUUGCCAGCGAGAAGAAGCUGGAUGCCGAGAUCGCCGACUGGUUCUCGUUUGCCUCUGAGAAGGCUGUCGAGAUUGCUAUCAUUGCCAAGGCCGUGACUGAGGGUCCUGCGGCUGUCCGGGAAGCUCUCGAGGCUAACGCCAAGUCCAUGAACGCUCGUGCAACCUCGAAGCGCACCAACAACCCUCAGGUCAAGGACAGACAGUCCAAGAUCCAAGCCUCAGAUUACAACCGCAAAUCCGAGUUCCCCACGAGAAUCUCCCAGCAAGAGCAGAAGCUCAAGCUUCCCCUCUUCCCUACCACCACCAUCGGUUCUUUCCCCCAGACCAAGGAGAUCCGGAUACAGCGGAGCAAGUUCACCAAAGGUGAGAUCACCGAGGCCCAGUACGACAAGUUCAUUGAGCAGGAGAUCGACAUGAACGUCAAGAUCCAAGACGAGCUUGACCUCGAUGUCUACGUCCACGGUGAGCCUGAGCGUAACGACAUGGUGCAGUACUUCGGUGAGCGCCUGGACGGCUAUGCAUUCACCACUCAUGCCUGGGUUCAGAGUUACGGCUCUCGCUGUGUCCGACCCCCCAUCGUCGUCGGUGACAUCUCUCGCCCGGCCCCCAUGACUGUCAAGGAGUCCAAGUACGCCGUGUCCGUGUCCAAGAAGCCCAUGAAGGGUAUGUUGACUGGCCCGGUCACCUGCCUCCGAUGGUCGUUCCCUCGUGACGAUGUCCACCAGUCCGUCCAGGCUGAGCAGCUUGCUCUCGCUCUGCGUGACGAGGUCGUCGACCUUGAGAAGGCCGGUGUCGACGUUAUCCAGGUCGAUGAGCCCGCGCUCCGUGAGGGUCUGCCCCUACGAGCGGGCAAGGAUCGAGACGCGUAUCUUGACUGGGCCGUUAAGGCCUUCAAGCUCUCGACCGUCGGUGUUGAGGACUCGACUCAGAUCCACUCGCAUUUCUGCUACUCGGAAUUCCAGGACUUCUUCCACGCCAUUGCCGCUCUUGACGCCGACGUGCUGUCCAUUGAGAACAGCAAGUCUGACGCCAAGCUGUUGAGCGUCUUCGUGGACUCUGCCUACCCGCGCCACAUCGGCCCUGGUGUCUACGACAUCCACUCCCCGCGUGUUCCCAGCGAGCAGGAGAUUAAGGACCGCAUCGAGGAGAUGCUGCAGUACCUCAAGCCCGAGCAGCUCUGGAUUGACCCCGACUGCGGUCUCAAGACACGACAGUGGAAGGAGACCAAGGAGGCUUUGGUCAACAUGGUCAACGCCGCCAAGUUCUUCCGCGCCAAGUACGCCAAAUAA